ACAAGACUCCUUCAAGCUUUCAGUCAGUUUUACAGAAGAAAAAGGGGUGGUAAACCUUCUCUUUUCAAGAACAAGUUUUUAGCUGCUAACUGAGGCCAGGAGAAGAUUAGAUCUGAAUAAAUGAGCAUUUCCACUAUGGGACUGGAUACAAAUGUUAAACAAACAGAUUUAAAGUGUUUUAAACUUAAAAGAAAACUAUUCCUGCUGACUUCAGUUUUUAAUUUCUUUCAUGUUUUCUUAUGCCAAACUGGAGGAACCUUUUCUGAUUUUUUCUUUAGUGGCAUUCAAAGGAAGACCAGAGGAUGAAAAUCUUGCACUUUCUCACUUUAUUGCUUUGGCACUUGACUUGGUUUUACCUGGUUCUAGUUUCUGUAGUGUUGAGUAAUUCCGAAGCAGGUCAGAGUAAUCCAGGAUCCAAAUUAGGAUUGUUAAAAGCAGAAGGAAAAGAGACGAAUCCCUCGCCAAGGGCAGGUACCUUUAGGACUGGAAACCAUGGAUAUAGUACUGGGACUUUAAAGCCUAGAGCUAAAAGCAAUACUGUUCAAGCUGGAGCUCUAUUGGCAAAGAAUAAUGAAUCAAAGAAGAGUCUCUCUAGAGAAGGGACCACAGACACAAAGGUAGGGCAGUCCCCAAACAGACAAUCUGGAGUAAGGACAGUGACCCCAAAGGUUCAGAACCUUGGCAGCAAAGCCUCGCUCAGAAAAACUGGCACAGGCAAUACUGAAGCCAGUUCUUACAAAACCAAAAAGACUAAAGAGCCUGUAACACAAAGGGAACCUAAAGAGACUUUCAAACACCCCCCUAUAACGCCACAUGAAUACAUGCUCUCCCUCUACAGGACUCUCUCGGAUGCAGAAAGAAAAGGCAUUAAUGGAAGUGUAAAACUGGAGACUGGACUUGCCAAUACAAUAACAAGCUUUAUAGAUAAAGGACAAGAUGACCGAGCUCCAGCCAUAAGAAAACAAAAAUAUAUUUUUGACAUCAGUGCACUAGAAAAAGAUGGUUUGUUGGGGGCAGAGCUGCGGAUAUUAAGGAAAAAGCCCUCUGAGACCUGGAAGCCUCAUUCUCCUGGGAAAACUUCCCAAGUGAAAUUGUUCAGUUGCCCCACAAACAGACAAGCAGCAACUCUCCUGGACUCUCGCACUGUCAGCAUUGCAGAUACACCAAAAUGGGAAGUAUUUGACAUUUGGAAACUUUUUAGGAAUUUUAAAAACUCAGUUAACUUGUGUUUUGAACUUGAAGCUUUUGAUAGGGGGAGAGCUAUUGAUCUAAGGAGUAUGGGAUUGAAUAGAACAGGGAGGCAGGUCAAUGAAAAGGCUCUCUUCCUGGUAUUUGGGAGGACAAAAAAAAGGGACCUGUUUUUCAAUGAAAUCAAGGCGAGAUCAGGCCAAGAUGACAAAACUGUUUAUGAAUACUUGUUCAAUCAGCGGAGGAAGAGAAGAGCUCCUCUAGCAACGAGGCAAGGGAAGAGGCCCAACAAGAACCUGAAGGCAAGGUGUAGUAAAAAAGCUCUCCAUGUGAAUUUUAAGGACAUGGGCUGGGAUGACUGGAUAAUAGCCCCUCUGGAAUAUGAAGCUUAUCACUGUGAAGGGCUUUGUGAAUUUCCUCUUCGAUCUCAUUUGGAACCCACCAAUCAUGCAGUUAUCCAAACGCUAAUGAACUCAAUGGACCCAGAAUCUACUCCUCCGACUUGCUGUGUUCCAACCAGACUGAGUCCGAUUAGCAUUCUCUUUAUAGACUCUGCAAAUAACGUGGUCUACAAACAAUAUGAAGACAUGGUAGUGGAGUCAUGUGGUUGUAGGUAGCAGCACAAUCCCUCCCAUUAACACAUUAACAAAGAUAAUUGACAAGAACUUCUUCUCAAACAAGAGUAACUAAUCCUCUUAGCCCUAGCACACCUAUGUUUAACAAUGGUAAUAAGAAACAAUCUGCUAAACUCUCACUGUGUCUGUAUGUCUCUUAGUGGUAGACACAUUUUAGCAGUAGUUCAAUACUGUACCCCCUCCAAACUUAGCCCAGAAUGGGGCUUUGAGUAAAGAAUUCCGUAAUCACAAGAGAAUUGUUCUCACUAAAGAUCACUUCCAAGGAAAUUAAAAUUCCAUACCACAAAAAGCUCUGCUGUUUUAAUCCCUAAGGAUAUUGUUAAAUGUAAAGUCAAUAAGCUGCAUAUACACCUUUAAAGAAAAUUAAUGUUCCUUUAAAUGUUGUUCUUAAGACAAGUCUGAGUCCCACUUCCAAUAUUUUCCUCACCAUGUCCAUUAGGAAAUGUUUGAAGAGAAUACUAAUGUCUGUAAGAGAAAGAAAUGUCCCUAAACACUCAGAGUUUGGUUUAAAUAGUUACACUGUAAGAUGAACUUUUCUCAUUAGCUCUUAAAAUUAUGUGUAUAUGAAAAAAAUCAUUAAAUAUAAUGUGUUGAUUUAGUAUUUGAUUGUACAUGGAGCUAGAUAAAUGCGGAAGCAUAUUUGUUUCAAUGUAUGUUUUGUUCCAAGCUUCACCUCUUUCUUAACUAUUCACCCUAUCCACUGGUAUGUUGCAAGUUGUAUUACUCUGUAUAAGGUUCAAGCUGUUCUCAAGUGCUCGUAGUAAAAUUACUCAAUAACAGCAUAAAAUGUAAUAAAUUAUUGACACAGUGCUGUGGUGUAGCUAGCUCUCUUCAUCUGCACAAUUAUAAUGUUACUAACAUGCUUUGUUUUGAAUCCUGUACAAUAAAUACAAUGGAAAGGG